UUAUCAUUGCAUUCCGUAUUUAAGUUGUUAUAGUGCUAUAAUAAUAAAUAAAACCCUUUUCACCGAUCAGGUAAUCUGAGCUAGAGGACUGCAUCUGUUGGUCAUCACAAUACAACAAACCUAUGACGGUGCUGAGUGGUCACGGCGUGCCUAUUGUCAAAUCGUUGACCCAAAGCAGCAUGGACGUAAUCAGCAUGCCAGCCAAAGAUGUUCCAGUGAAUAUGGGAUUCUCCCUUAGUCAGCAGACUAAAGCCAAUCUGACCAACACCUCCCACACUGCAGGAAACAUCAACCAAAGGCGCUGGAAGAGAUUCUUCCAUCAAGUACAGAAAAAGAACAUGGAACAUCCCCAAAACACACUGUUUGGGCGACCCUUGUCUGAUGUCUGUCAAAAAGAUGGGUGUCCUCCCAAAGCAAUUAUGGAUAUCUUUACAUUGCUGCUGAGAAUGGGUCUGUACACUGAGGGGGUGUUCAGAAGGGCCGGGAAUGCUAGGGCUCUCAAAGAGAUCAAGGCGCAGCUCAACGAAGGGAUAGAAGUGGAUCUGAAAGAGCAUUCGGUCUUUUUGCUUGCAGAUCUUGUCAAGGAUUUUCUUAGACAGCUGCCUGGCUGUUUGCUAAUGGUGGAGAAGUACAAAUCCUGGAAGACUGCAAUGGAAAAGGAAGGUCAAGAGCAGAAGUGUGCUGAACUUAAAAUGGUGAUCAACACACUUCCUGAGCCGAAUUUUCAGCUCUUGAAGCACUUUAUGGUUCUGCUCUACCACAUAAGUGAGAAUGCAGAUAAGAACAAGAUGAGUUCCUCCAAUCUGGCUACUUGUGUUUCCCCCAACUUGCUCCAAACAGACACUAUGGAAAAGAUGGAAGAGGUGACGAAACUCACUGAGUUUCUCAUUGACAACUGCCCUCAAAUAUUUGGUGAGGAUGCACUGACACUCUUUGGAGACUCUGAUGAAGAUGAACUCAGCGAUAAGCAAGACUCUAUUUCUUCGCAACGUCACGACUCUGCGUACGACAGUAAUGACCCUGAUGAUGACGUGGACUCUAUCAAAUCCGCCACUGAAGAGAAAUCCCAGAAACUUUCCAGCGCAGAGGAACUUUGGACAAAAAAACUGAUUCGCAGACGUUCAGAACCAGUAAUCAACCUCAAAGAGGGAGUUCAUCAGCACCUCGCCCUCUCCAGGAGCCAGACAGAAACAGACUUUUAUGACAAACUCUUAACAAAGCAGAUCUCUGAUGACUGUAUUGUGGUUAGAGCAGGCAACAGCUUGGGGAAGACCUAUGGGGCCAGGACAUCCUCUAAAGACUCGUAUUGCUCUUCAAGUUCACUUGAGAGUUGUUUCUCCAGCUCUUCGGAGAGCUCUAUCCAUAACAGUCCUCUUAUUGGGUCUUCAUGCAAUCAGAGAAAAGCCCUUCAACGCAAACAUUCCUUCCCCACCCGCCAAUCGGCACCUGCACCUAAUCGCUCAGAGACCCCCAAAAGACGCUCCCAGUCCAUGAAGAGCGCACACAUCAGAAGCAGGACUGUCUUCGGGCGAAGCGGCUCCACCAAACGGGCCAUCGAGAGAGCCCUACGCCACAGCCAGACCCUACCUGAGGUACUGAAACCUCAACCGGAGCCGAGACGCUUGUGUAGCAAGGAGGUUUUUCAGCAGGUGGACAGCAGGAUACCAAGCGAUCCUCCAAGUUAUCAGCAAGCCGUUCAGGACAAUUCCCACACCGCUCUCUCGAGCCGUAGCUCAUUGACUGUACAGGAUGCCAGAUGUCUGUCAAAGAAAACGUGCAGCUACUCAAGAUCUUCAAGUGAAGAGACAUUGGGAUUGUCUUCUGGGAAUGAACAUUUCGAUAUCCACAAAAGACACAAUAAAGAGAAAUGUUGUGAUCGUAUGAGUGGAUUCUCCUCAGAGUUGAGACAGAGGACCACAUCUGAACCUGGGUAUGAAGCAUCAAUGCCAGUUUGGUGCAAUCAGGAAGACCUCAGAGAGACAUAUGUCUGAUGUACGGUUCAUUUUUAUUAUUUGUUUUUUACUUUUUGGUGGAGGGGAAAUGUCUUUUGCAUAUGACCUCAUAAUGAGGCGUUAACAUUUCAGGGCUUCAGGUACAAUUCAGUUGUGCUGAAUAUGUUGAAUUUUAUUCUUCAUUUUUGUCCAGUCUUUUGUGACAAUGUGUUGUUUAUGCCCUCUGUGCUUUGAUUCUACAGCACCCCAAAACCAAAAAUGUGACUGAAAGGCACUUUGAGGAAAUUUCACUACAAAGAUUUUAAGUUUAAUGUGCAAUGUUUGCAGAACUAAUCUGCAUGCUUAAAAACAAUGCAAAUGUAUGUCUUCUCAUCUUCUCAUGAAAUAAAGACAACAUAAAGCUAAA